AUGGCGCGGCAAGCGGCCGGGCGGCGGCCAAUGAGGCGCGGCCGGGGGGCGGGACUUUCCGCUGCGGGCGCCGGCGGAGACGGGCGGAUUUUAAAGCUACCGUCGACGGCGGCCGCGGGCUUCCCCGGGAGCCGGGGAGCGAUGGCGGCGGCCGGGCCGGGCCCGGGCCCCGGGGCCGGCGGGAAGGUGAAGACGCUGGCCGUGGUGCUGCAGGACGAGAGCCGGCGCGGCGGCUACUGCAGCGGGGACACGGUGUCGGGCCAGGUGCUGCUGGAGCUGGCGGGACCGCUGCCGCUCCGCGGGCUGCGCCUGGAGGCGGCGGGCCGGGCCCGCGUCGCCUGGAGCGAGGCGGCGGGAAGCGUCAGCGCGGCGGGGGCCUGCGGGGCCGAGGCGGCGGCGGGGCCGCGGCGGGAGGCUGAGGUGCGCUACCUGGACGUGCGGCAGAGCCUGCUGCGGCGCACGGCCGAAGGUGAGGAAGGCUUAGUUCUCUUAGAUGGAAGACAUGAAUUUCCCUUCAGCUUUCAACUCCCACAAGAACCUCUGGUGACCUCUUUCACUGGGAAGUAUGGCAGUAUUCAGUACUAUGUGAAAGCAAUUCUGGAAAGACCUGCAGCACCUGAUCAAAGUGUACAGACAGAGCUUCAGGUCAUUAGCCAUAUCGAUGUCAACUCACCAGCUUUAUUGACACCUGUUCUGAGAAGUCAGGAGAAGAUGGUUGGCUGUUGGUUUUUCACCUCUGGGCCAGUGUCUCUGAGUGCCAAAAUUGAGAGGAAGGGAUACUGUAAUGGGGAAGCCAUACCAAUCUAUGCAGAAAUCGAGAAUUGUUCUUCUCGCCUGAUUGUUCCAAAAGCUGCCAUUUUCCAAACACAAACAUACCUGGCCAGUGGGAAGACAAAAACUUUCCGUCAGAUGGUUGCCAAUGUGCGAGGAAACCAUAUUGCCUCUGGGAGUACAGAUACCUGGAAUGGGAAAACUCUGAAAAUCCCACCUGUAUCCCCCUCUAUACUUGACUGCUGUAUUAUUCGUGUAGAAUAUUCAUUAGCUGUGUAUAUCCAUAUUCCCGGUGCUAAGAAAUUGAUGAUUGAAAUGCCUCUAGUGAUUGGCACUAUUCCAUGUAUUGGCUUUUCAAGCAGAAACUCCAGCAUUACCAGCCAGUUUAGUAUGGAUAUGAGUUGGCUGGCCUUAACCCUGCCAGAACACCCUGAAGCACCACCAAAUUACGCUGAUGUAGUGUCUGAGGAAGAGUUCUCCAGACAUGUUACUGCUUAUCCACCACCAAUCGACUGUGAGGAACAAUUGUGUUGUCCUGUGUUUGCUUACAUACAAGAGUUCCGGUUUCAGCCUCCACCUCUUUAUUCAGAGGUUGAUCCACAUCCAACUGAUGUAGAAGAAUUUCAGCCUGUUUCAUUAAUUCUUUGAAGAAGGCUUUGUAAUGAGGAUCACUGCGUUGAAUGUCUUAUCUGCUUCAGCUGACAGUGCAGCUAAAAAGGAGACGGUUUUCUUUUUCACAACUUCAGUUUGCGUACAAAAAAGGCAAAAGAAAUGGAGAGGGAGGUCUGAGAAUGUCUGGUGACAGAAGAGAAUCUGCUGGAUUAGCCUGAGCAGAAGAUUCUGUGGAAGCAGCUCUGAACUGGAAAAUACUAAAUGUUUUUUUUAAAGAAGUGGAUGUAUUGCAUAAAGUACACGGUGGAGGUAUGAAGAUCUUCUGAAGAGAAAUCAAUGUAUACUUUGUGUGGAACACUGGAAGAAUUUAAGUAAGGAUGAUGUUGGGAACUUGCUUAGUAGAACACGGGUAGCAGAACAGAAUGUGGGGUAAGAAAAUUGUUUCAAAAGAUGUCCCAGUGCUCAAGGGGCUUCUGUGUGUAUCCAAGAAUGGAACACUACUACAGUGUGGAGCGAAAUCUUCACUCUAGCUUAACUUUUCAUUUCAUGAGAGCCUGCCAAGUGGUACUGUUUAAUAACUUGUACUGAUUCUAAAGAUGUCAUGGAUGACAAAAUAGCUAUUAUGCAAUAUUAUGAAGACAACCAUUUACUGAAUGAAAGAUAAGAGUAUGUAAAAGAAAACUGAACUUUGAUAUGAGCUUAUGCACUAUGCUUUCUUUCAAGGGAUUUCUUAAGGGAAUUAUUCUAGCCUUUUCUACUGUAUUGUUCUUUUUCUGCAUCUUAAGCCUAUGGGUAGCAUAAUAAGGGGAAGCAUGGCAAGGGAAAGAUCCUUUUGCCAACAGCAGGUAUACUUCACAGUAUGGACAAUACUUAUUUAUUCAGAAGCCUUUAUAAGCCUACCUCUAUUCUGCAAAUGUACUUACGGUCAGAUCUGAGACCAAAAAAAGAGUCUUGUUUAAGCUCCAGGAUACUUCAGGGUUCUGAAAGGGACCCUGAACAGUUUCUGUGAUUAAUGAAUGAGAUGGAAAGCAUAGAGAGAAGCUUAAAUUUAUCCCAAAUAGAUAUAGCAUAUAAUUGAAGUAGAAGCAGACACCAGAGGAACAAAAUCCUUUGGUAAUGGCACAAUGCUUCUCAUUACUCCUGCAUUUUUGUCUAGAGAUCUCUUGUCAGGGGCUGCACUAGUCAUUUGCUAUCCAUCCUAUUUUUUGUUAGUGUUUCCUUGUUUGUUUUUGCUGUCUAAUUUUGUUUUUGUGCAAUAUUUUAAUGUUUUCUUCCUCAGGUCAUGUAGAACAGUAAGUUUUUGCUGCUAAGAAUGAAGGCACAUCUUAUUACUUGGCCCUUUGCUGCCUUCAUUUAAAGUAGAAUGUUUGCUUCCUGCCAAGCAUCAAUUGGAAUAAGUAAUCCAGCAUGAACAGAUGACUUAACGGAGCAGAAACACAGCAUUCUCAGUAUGCAUGUUUACAGUCAAGUCUUUAAACUAUAGGGAAUCUUGAACUGCUAGAUCUACUCCAUAUGUCUUACAGAAGGGUUUUGAGAUAAAACCUGGUGCUUCAUGUGGUUAAAACAUUGUACUCUCUGAUCACUACAAGGAUAGCAAUUGAGUUUCUUUCAUUUCAUCAGUAACUGCAGUUUAAAGAAGUUUGAAUGUUUUUUAUGAAAUCUGUCUUCAUUCAAGAAGCAGGGAUUUUUCUAUAACCAUAUACGGAUAUGUAUUUUUAGUUUUCUUUUAGUAUGACUUCCUCAUAUUGUCUGAUUUCUAGCACUUCACCUCAAGUCACUCUUAUAUCACUGUAAAAGACAUACUGAUGAAGAUUCACAUUUCUAAACUGCAGUUACAUUUUUCAUUUGCAAACUGAAGUAUUGUCAUCUAUGGCAAAUGCAGCUUUAAUCAAAAUUUGAGUGCAUGUUUUAGAAAGGACACUCUCAAAAUGAGUAUUUCUUGUCUUAAGUCUCAACAUGUAGCUCUCAUGCCUUUUAUUUCAGUGUUGGCGUGCCCAUACACUCAGUGCAGGAUUUUCUUUUACAUAUCACCUGGAAAGGGAACAAGCAUAAUUUCCUUAAACAGAUACCAUUAUGGUUACUUGAAAAAUACUGUGGCUGUGUACUAAUUUGCAUGUUAACAAUUCAAAAUACUACCUUUAAGAAGAUUGUGUUUUUUUGUUUUCGUUUUUUUGCUUUAAUUCCUGAUAGGUGAUGUGUGUGUUAUCUGGCUAUUUGAUUGGUAUAAACAUGGUCAGGCAAACAAAAGAUGAAAGGUAAAGAUGUGCUUUGUUGUUGUUUUUUCCUCUGUGAGUUGUUCUUCAUUAUUUGCAGAUAAACUGUGGCCUUAGAUUGUUUGCUGCAAAAAAAACUACUAAAACGUGUUUCUUAGGAAGCACACAUGGUCCUUCAAAGGAGGGUUGAAAACAAGAUCAAGUUCUGCUCUCAGACACUUGGCUUAGUGCAGAAAUUGGUCCUUAAAUAAUGUUUGCACAAUACGUUCAAUAAGCAGGGGGUUUGUUUUGAUAACUGUGAAACAGUUGAAGAGAGACAAAAUAAAAAAAAAAAAAAAAAAAAAACCUGUUAAACUUUAACAUCCAGGAACGUGAUUGUAUUUUGUACUAAUAUGAGCCCUAUGGGUUCUUUUUUUGUUAAUAAAAGUAUAAAACUCACAGCGCUGUUCCUGUUGGUUUCAAUAUCUGUAAGAUGGAAAAACUGUUGUCUUUUAAUUGUCUUAAAAAUGUGUGUUUAAACAGGUAAUAAAUGAGGUCCUCUUCCAUAGAAGGGUAGAGAAGGUA